AUGCAUGAAAAGGACAAUAAAGUGGGCUUCCCACCCGGCAGCGGCCAAGCCAUCUGGGGACUAGCUACAGUCCCUGGUGGUGCAGUUCAGCCCCAUUCUCUGCACAGGAGGUCAGAAUCCAGGUCUCAGUGGACGCAGCUCAGGGCAGCCAUGGCAGAUGGAGGCCAGGGAUGUGACAUUGAGUUCAUUGUCAUCAGAUCCCAACAACAACUUUCCACCUCCAUGAUGGAUGUGGAAUUUGCCAUGAGAGAAGGACAGGAGGGAUGUGGUGACCUGCCUUGUGUGAGAGCCCAGCUGGUGACUGAAGAUGAAGAGCCUGCUCUUGACCUUCAUGCUUCUGGGGCUGGUGGCUGUCCAGAAGGCCUGUUUAGUACCACCAGAAUACCAGGACGAGGAAGAAGAAUAAUCAGUGUCAAAAAAAAGAAAAUUGUGAUGCGCAAAAUUGAUGAGCCUGGCAAAUAUAUUGCCUUCAAGGGCAAGAAUACUGUCUAUAUCCAGGAGCUUCCUGUGAAGGAUCACUACAUCUUCUACUGUGAACACCACCAGCACCACGGGAAGUCUCAUCUCAAUGGAGAACUCUUGGGGAGAGACCCUGAGGAAAACCCAGACGCCAUGAAAGAAUUUAAGAAAUUCGUACAGAGCAAGAGACUCAAGGAGGAAAACAUCAUAGUACCCGAGCAGAGAGAUCAGUGCAUCCCGGAGAGUGAUUAG